CCCCGCCGGCCGGUCUGGCUCGGGUCCGCGGUUCCCGGUUCGGUCCCGCCAUGGGAGCCUGAGCGCCCCGCCGGCCCCCCGCGCCGGGGCCCCCCGAGGCGCAGAGCAGCGCGCGGACGCGAGGGGCGCGGAGCCGGCGCGGUGCGCGCCCGCCCGGAGCGGCCGGAUACAAAGGCGGCCGCGGCGGGGUCGGACCCUCGCUGUUUUCUCUCUGAGCUGAGCCCACCCAUCCAGCAAGAUAGAGACCCUCCGGGUGCCGGUGGAGUUCCUGAAGGUGCCCCUUGGCCUGCGGAAGCCUGCGCUGAAGGAGGUGCCCGUGGGCCCCCCCGGGAGGCCUCCAGCCACGGCCCUGGAGCGCUACAAGGCCCGGCGCUCCGACGCCAUGGACACCGAGUCCCAGUACUCGGGCUACUCCUACAAGUCGGCCCACUCCCGCGGCUCCCGCAAGCACAGGGACCGCCGAGACCGCCACCGCUCCAAGAGCCGGGACGGGAGCCGCGGGGACAAGUCGGUGACCAUCCAGGCCCCUGGGGAGCCACUGCUGGACAACGAGUCCACGCGGGGGGACGAGCGGGACGACAACUGGGGCGAGACCACCACCGUGGUGACCGGCACCUCGGAGCACAGCAUCUCCCACGAUGACCUCACGCGCAUCGCCAAGGACAUGGAGGACGGCGUGCCGCUGGACUGCUCGCGCCACCUGGGCGUGGUGGCGGGCGCCGCCCUGGCGCUGCUGUCCUUCCUGACGCCGCUGGCCUUCCUGCUGCUGCCCCCGCUGCUGUGGCGGGACGAGCUGGAGCCGUGCGGCGCGGCCUGCGAGGGCCUCUUCAUCUCCGUGGCCUUCAAGCUGCUCAUCUUGCUGCUGGGCAGCUGGGCGCUCUUCUGCCGGCGGCCGCGCGCCGCGCUCCCGCGCGUCGUUGUGCUGCGCGCGCUGCUCAUGGUGCUGGUCUUCCUGCUCGUGGCCUCCUACUGGCUCUUCUACGGCGUGCGCAUCCUGGACGCGCGUGAGCGCAGCUACCAGGGCGUCGUGCAGUUCGCCGUGUCUCUGGUGGACGCGCUGCUCUUCGUGCACUACCUGGCCGUGGUCCUGCUGGAGCUGCGCCAGCUGCAGCCGCACUUUACGCUCAAGGUGGUGCGCUCCACGGACGGCGCCAGCCGCUUCUACAACGUGGGCCAUCUCAGUAUCCAGCGCGUGGCCGUGUGGAUCCUGGAGAAGUACUACCACGAUUUCCCCGUCUACAACCCUGCCCUCCUCAACCUCCCCAAGUCCGUCCUGGCCAAGAAAGUGUCCGGCUUCAAAGUGUAUUCCCUGGGAGAGGAGAACAGCACCAACAACUCCACUGGCCAGUCGCGGGCCGUUAUCGCAGCCGCUGCCCGGAGGAGGGACAACAGUCACAAUGAAUACUACUACGAGGAGGCAGAACAUGAGCGGAGGGUGCGCAAGCGCAGGGCCAGGCUCGUGGUGGCCGUGGAGGAGGCCUUCACCCACAUCAAGCGGCUGCAGGAGGAGGAGCAGAAGAACCCCAGGGAGGUGAUGGACCCCCGGGAGGCUGCCCAGGCCAUUUUUGCGUCCAUGGCCCGUGCCAUGCAGAAGUACCUGCGCACCACCAAGCAGCAGCCAUACCACACGAUGGAGAGCAUCCUGCAGCACCUGGAGUUCUGCAUCACCCACGACAUGACACCCAAGGCCUUCCUGGAGCGAUACCUGGCGGCCGGCCCCACCAUCCAGUAUCACAAGGAGCGCUGGCUGGCCAAGCAGUGGACGCUGGUGAGCGAGGAGCCAGUGACCAGCGGGCUCAAAGAUGGCCUCGUGUUCCUGCUCAAACGCCAGGACUUCAGCCUGGUGGUCAGCACCAAGAAGGUGCCGUUCUUCAAGCUCUCCGAGGAGUUCGUGGACCCCAAGUCGCACAAGUUCGUCAUGAGGCUGCAGUCGGAGACGUCCGUGUGACCCCGCGGGGCACCUGGGUCCUGGGGGGGCUCGGGGCGCCUCCUGCUCCCGGCGUUUUUACUUGAAUCAGCCCCUCCCGCCUCUCCCCAGAAGCUCCCCCCCCCGUUCCCUCUCACACCCGCGCACCCCAGGCCACUCCCGCGGGGUGUGGGGUCCCCUCUGGAAAGUUCUCUGGGGGCGCGGGCAGUCCACACGCCUUCAGAGCAAGGGGGAUCUCAUCCUUCACCCCGAGACCUCAUUCUGUUUCUGAACUUUCCCCAUCCUGUGCCACUGUGGGUAAACCGAGGCAGCCCCUGGGUUUGGCGGGCUUUUCCUGGGCAGCCCCUGGGGGUGCAGGAGAGAUGCCCCCAUCGUCACUAGAGCUCUGAACCUGCCUCCACCACUUGUCCUGGUCCGGGGGUCCCUUGGGGAGGCUCCGCAGGCCCCAUACUCCCAUUCUAUACCAGCAUUUUCCUCCCAGCUCCCAUGGCACCAUUCCCUCCUCCACUCCAGAGACCUGUGGCCUCAGGUAUCCGGGGGGCGCCGCUCCCCCCAGCCCCUGCCUUAAGCCCACUUUGCCUCAGGGGGCUCCUUGCUCUCCCCCACCUGCUGGGCUCCCUCUGAGUGGGGGAGGGGCCUCUCCGCUGCCCGGGGGAGGGGUCCUCCCCACGUGGCUCCCCGUCUUCACCUCCUGUCUCAGCUGCUGGGAUGUUCCUUCUCAUGAGCAGAAGCUGCCGACCCUCUGUCACCCACGUAGAUCUGAGCCUGAUGUUCCUUCUCUGUCUGUGGUGUGUCGUUGCGAUGGGGGGGGGGGCAGGCGGGCAGCGCCCCGAGUCUCCAGCUGGGUCCCUGGGUGGCCGAUUGUUCUGCCAGCAUCUCUCACAUGCCCUCAAGGCUGACACCCCUAGCAGUGUCCCCCCAAGACUGGCCCCCUUAUCAGCAUGCCCAGAGGCUGACCCCCAGCUCUUAGCUGGGGCUUCCUCGGGGUCCCGGGCUGCCUGUUUGGUGCCCUCUGACACCCAUCCACCAUGGUGGCCCGUCUUACUCAUGGGCUGGUGGGUGGGGCUCCCUCGGAGGCCAGCCCCACCCUUCCCCCACUGGACUGUGAGGUGUGGAGGGAACAGAGUGGACAGUCCUUCCCCGGGGGCCUCGGGGGACUCUUUCGGGUCUGGUCUCAAAUACCUCAGUGUCCUGGAGAGGCCCAGCGCGGCCGGGGGCCUGAGCUGGGGCCCCUUUUAAGAACCUGCCAUGAUUUAGAUCACUGUGACCCUCCCUUCCGCUCCUAACCAAGGGCUGGAGCCCCAGGGCCAGUUCUGGGGUGUCCGCCUCCCGACCGUGGGGGGCACUUCCAUGCUGUGAACAGGAGCCCGUCCUGUCCGUCCACGGGGCGGGGCCCAGCGCCCUUCUGGCUGUGACCCCAUCACUGCGCCUCCGUGUCCGCCAGGACACGAGCUGCCCGCCCCACCUACCUCGCCGCCCUGCUGGUCCCGCUGUGUCUCCUGCCUCUCCGUUCUCGCCCCUCCCUCCUCCCUGCCUCCUCAUCCCCCCGUAUCCCCGAUACCUGUGUUGAGGCUGGGGACCCCCACGCCCUCGUUUGUAAAUCGCUCCGUGGUUGUGCAUCUCUUCUGCUGGCCCAGACGAGCUCCCUGCCCUCCCACCUUCUGUCCGCCCUGUCUCUCUCUGUCCGUCCGUCCGUCUCUCUUCUCUGCCCUUCCUGCGGGGCGGUGUCUGCUGAUGGCUUGGUCCCGGCGUGUACUGUUGCGGUUUGCUGUAGGCGCCAAAGGGAGGGCGUUUGCCAACCCCCUUCCGAGUGAGACUGUAAAUGUAGUUUCCACUAGGUCCCCCCUCCCGGCCCUCCUACCCCCCCCCUUUUUUUUUUUUUGGGUUACAGAGCUGAGACCUUAUGCAUGCAUGUAGAAAAAAAAUUGUACAAUGUAAAGUUUUUGUUUAAUAUAUAAAAAGCUUGUUUUUACAGUUUGCAGUGGAUCUAAAUCUUACGGCAAUUUUAGGGGAGGUUUUUUUUUUUUUUCUCGUCGACCUAGGAACUAAAACUGUACAAUUUUUUUUUUUUAUAUAUAAAAUAAAAACAUUUGACUUUUG